CGGCCCUUCAAUUCUUAUGCCUUUGUCACUUCUUGUGCUUAUGCAACCGCGAUUUUUGAGUCUCCAGAGCGUUCUUCCAACCAUUCUAGGCCCAAUUCAAAGUGUUACAGCAGUAAACAUGCCCAAGAGAAAGGCAUCCUCAGACGAGGGGAAGUCACAGAGUAAAGUCUCCAAGAAAAACAAAUCAAUAGCAGAUGAUGAAGAAGAAACUAAAGGCAGCAAGCAGAAAAAAUCCUACCCAAAACUAGUGGACCCAGCAACAAACAAAGAAACUACAGGAGAAAUUAAAUACACAGCAAAGGAGCCAACACGGAACAAGAAAGGAGAACUCGUUUUUCAUGAUUUCCCAGAAUUCCAUCCGAAUAUGACACCCAAAGAAGUUCUACAGGCAGGCAGUUUUGGCGGAACUUACUUCCGUCCAAUCAAAUCAUCUGUUACAGGUAAACAGUAUAAAGAUGAAGCCUUCAAAGAACUCCCCACAGACUGGACAGAGGGUCUUAACAUCAAAAAACAGGUAACCUCUUCAUCUUACAAUGAGUCAGUAAAUACCUACAAGGUGAAGUGUGGGGGAAGUCUGGAGAUGUGGGAGGAGAGUGGGUGGAUCCACAAACAAGACCCCUACGGCUGGUUCCAGUGGUUCUGCAGAUUCUAUCGAGGAAGGAGGACCCCUGAUGAUGAGCGACAGGUUGGGAGAUGGUUGAGGUGUGCAGGACCCACAGGAAGGUGGAAAAACAACCUCAUCUCCAAGUGUUACCGCAGCGGGGCACGGUAUAAUGACCCCAACAUAUCCCCCGUGGUCAGACAGACCCUACAACACUGGGGGUACAGACUAACAGAGGAGGACUACCUGGCUAAAGAGAAACAGCUCAAGAGGAAGAAAGUUUGAUAGGACUGGAUAGAUUACUGGUGGUUGACAGCAGAUGUUUUAGCAUGGUAAAAGAUAAUGGUGUUUUACAGUGUUUUGCAGAAAAAAACAAGUCAGAGGCUAAAUAGCUUUGAUCAGUACAAAGAGCAUGAUUGUCUUGAAUUUGAAAUUAGGUCAGAGAAAGAAACAGUUUGACAGGAAAGUUUGGAGAUAGCUUACAAACAAUUGUGUACUAGUACCGUACUAGAUAGAAUUGAGUUCCAGACAGCAUUUUCUUUCUGUGAAAAAAUUAUUUUUUUGUGAUACUGAAGGAAGUGGAUGAGUCAGUAUGUGGAUAUAAACCAAAUUCCACUUAAUACCUUGCUUUGAAACUUUUAUCGAUACUUCUCAUAGACUCAUUUCUGUGAAAGUGAAUGUACAGUCUAGUUUUGUUUUUUCCUUUGAAUGUAGUAUGUAGUUUUUUUGGUUCUAUGUUACUCAUAAUCUGGGAGAAUGUUUUGCUUGAAAAGCU